UCCCUAAAAACGGGCCCAGGCUCGAUCGGUGCAGUGGCCGAGCUCCAACCGAAGAGGGUUCAGUCGGAGGAUUACGGUGUUUCUCCGCGAUCAGAUUUGCACAAACAGAUAGAGAGAUGCGAGGUACUGGUGGACCUCUUCUCUGCAUAGGCGAUCUUCUGUGCGAUGUCGGAGAAGAAGAAGCCGGAGAAGGAAAGGGAUCUAAUGAAACCCCUAAAUCAGUAAUAUCAUCAACUUCUUCCUCUGCUUCCGUUUCCACUCUUCCGCUCGCAUCAGAAAUCCCCGAUCUCCCCAAACUCUUUCAGGAAAACUACGACCAAUUGAACAAAUCAUUCGAUGAUAAUGACCACUCUUGGACAGCUUUGACGUUGAAGAUGUGCAGUGCUCUUGAUACUGCUAGUAAAUUGGUUGAAUCAACCAACUCAAAUUCGAGAUUUUUGUUGGAGAAGAUUGUGGAGCUUGAACAGGUUUUGGAAAAGGGGGAUUCUACAAGAGAGGCGGCCAUGGCCAUCCAAACCAGUUUUAGCUCUCAAGUUGCUCAGGACUCCAUUUCUUCUCAGAAUCAAGGUUAGCAUAAGCUUAUACAUUAAAGGGGUUUCUCAUCUUUGUUGAUGCAUUAUGGAAAUCUUCUCUUGACAAAUACUCGUUUGAGCAGUUGCCAUAUUCAUUGCUUUGAUUCAUGCAGUUUGAUUUCUUAUGCAGUUGGUGUAGUCGAGAUAAAUUUGAGUUUUAAUUAUUUGUAAUCAUAUUAUGAUUGGAUUAGAUUUAGUAGUUCAAGUAAAUAGAAUAAGGAUGGAAUGUAUGGUUGAGAGACAUAUGGGGUUCAAAGCUUAGUCAGUUGGACAUAUAAGAUAUAGGUUACAGAUGUUAUUAUGCUCAUUCCAAUGAUAGAGUUUAGAUUAAAUUACAAGUUUA